UUUAGAUGGCUAAAUACGUUGGUUUUGUCCAUGAGGAGUGUAUUGUAAACGUCAACAUCUAAAGAGCGCUUUAUAAUUUCGCUUUAUUUCUUGCUAAUCCCAAAAACGAAAAUCUUUCAUAGUUUUUUUUGUGUAAUUUCAUUACAAAAUGGUAAAGUUAACACCAGAUUUAAUCAAUCAAUCGAUGCAGUACAUGAACCCAUGUAGAGAUCGUGAGUUGGACUUGCGAGGAUACAAAAUUCCUCAGAUUGAGAACAUGGGAGCAACAUUGGAUCAAUUCGACACAAUCGAUUUCUCCGACAACGAUAUUCGUAAAUUAGAUGGAUUUCCUCACUUAACUCGGCUGAAGUGUUUACUUAUGAACAAUAAUCGGAUAGUGAGAAUAAGUGACACAUUGCAGGAGUCCUUACCAAAUUUGGAGAGUGUCAUCCUGACCGGGAAUAAUAUUCAGGAAUUGGGAGACCUCGAACCUCUAACGAAAAUAACCAACCUGCAUACUCUUUCGUUGCUGACGAAUCCGGUCUCUACAAAGCAACACUAUCGAGAGUAUGUGGCUUUUCGAUUUCCCAAUCUGCGACUAUUGGAUUUCAGAAAAAUAAAACUGAAGGAACGAGAAGCUGCCAAAGAAUUGUUCAAAAGCAAAAAAGGCAAAGAAUUACAAAGGGAAAUUAUGCGGAAAGCGAAACUUGCGAUUCCGGUUCCCGAUAAGCCAACGGUCCACAAUGCCACCCCGGCCGAUAUUCAGAAAAUAAGAGAUGCUAUCAAAAGGGCAACGAAUCUACACGAGGUCGAACGAUUAACACGGAUGCUACAAUCGGGUCAAAUUACCGGAGAUUUCAAUUUUAACGGAAAUGGCAAUAUGGAAACCGAUUAGGUUGAGCCGAGAGUCAAAUAGAUAAUCAUUUGCAUUCAUCGAUAAUAACAGAUACAUACAUACUUAUUCCUGUAAAGGCCGAGAAGAAUUAAAUGAAGUGUUGAGAACUUGGUAUUAAACUGCAAA